GAUCAGAGUUUCCGGUUUGAAAAAAUGACUCGAAGACAACACGAUGUUUGCAGGUUCCUUUUGUUUCAGCACUUCGGGAAGCAGGCGUCUAUUGUUGGAAAAUAUUUACUACAAAAAUCUAUGUGUCAUCUUCAAUUAAUAGCAACAGAAUUAAAUAUAGAAACCGAACAGGUGAAGAAGAUUUUGUGCAUUCUAAUUCAGCAAAAUAUAGUGACAUUUGAACAGCACAAAAAGGGUUUCAUUGAAUAUUCAAUCAAGAAAGACGAGAUAUUAAACCGGUUAUGGUUUCCAAAGUACAUUUACUGUGCCAAGACUUUGUAUGGCGAUGCAGCUGAACUUUUACUUGAAGAAAUCUUGCAAAGAGGGCAAGUUCAAAUGUCAAAAGUUGUGGAGGUGGUGAUGCAAAGAUUUAAUGAGGCACUUGAAACUUCAGGAAAACCCAAAAUUUCAGAGAACUUUGUGUCUGAAAAGUUUUCUAACUUAGUGAAGACACACUUUCUACAAAGAUGUCUGGAUCCAGUGAAAUCUGCUUCCAAUAAAGUGAUAGGUCUGGAGAUGAUAGUACCAGAGGAGUCCUUGUACAGAUUGCCAGAUCUGUCUAGAAAGAGGAAAAAGUCACAUGAUGAUGGUCCACCAGCCAAAAGAUCAAAGUUGGAGGAAGAGGACCCAGGCGAUGACGGGGGCGAUGGAAUUUUUUGGAGAGUGAACUGUGACAGGUUCCGUGGACACUUCCGUGACCAGGCCAUGGUGCAGGCCAUCUCUAACAAGAUUGAUCGGAAUGCUGGAGAGGUACUAAGGACUCUGCUGCGGGUCAGUGAAGUGAAGACUCCGGGCUUGGCCACGGUCACUACUCCUAUAUCUGCUACUGAGAUAUUUAAUGCUUUGCCUAAAGACUUCAUGACACGCCCCCUGUUAGAGACAUACUUAUCUCUUAUCUGCGAUGACUCCACCAAUUUCCUGUCUCGUGUCGGGGACAGCGGAGGAGGAAUGUACUCUGUCAGUAUGUAUCAAGUCCUUACCCAGCUGGCCAAAGCUCACAUCGAGUCUGUAGUGCAGGAAAGGUUUGGUUCCAAAUGUCUUAGGAUUUUUAGAGUAUUACUUCUGAAAAAGCAUCUGGAACAAAAGCAAAUAGAAGAUUUUGUCAUGAUUUCUGCAAAAGAAGCGAAGGAUCUGCUUUAUACAUUAUUCUCCGAGAACUUCAUUACCACGACUGAAAUAUCUAAAACUCCUGACCACGCCCCCUCCAGAACAUACUACCUCUUUACAGUCAACAUUCAUGAUGCGGCGUCAGUAGUACUGGACAGGUGUUACAAGGCUUUGUACAAUGCUAUGGUGAAGAAGGAGACAGAAGUCAAUGAGCACAGACGUUUGUUGGAUAAACAAGAGAGAAUGGAGGCCAUUGCUGCCUCGGUGGAAGACGCCGACCAGCGAGAGGAGAUCCUAACAACCAUAACCCCUGCAGAACAGGAGCAAAUCAACAAAGUCCGACGCAGCAUUCAAAUGUUGGACCAAAGUGAAUUGCAAAUCUGUGAAGGCAUAUUUAUUUUGGAAACAUAUCUAUUAUAUUGCAAACAAAGACAGAAGGACAAAUGAUCAUAAAAAUUAUUUUAAUAAAGAAGUUUUGUUUUUA